GAAGUAUUUGAAUCAAAAGCAAAAUUUUUAUAAUUCCCUUCCUUACCUGGCCUCCUAAACCCUCAAACCAAACAAACAGACCUUAGGUUACCAAUGGAGUUCCGCCGCAGGGGAGCGCACCACCAUCCUCAUCCCCAAGCUACGAAUUCUGAGGGCUGCAAGAUUAAUGAUGCUGUGGAGGCGAUGUCCUUUUGAAAUUGGCCUGUAAUUCAAUUGGGUCUUUAUACAAGGUUAGAUGCAUUUGGGGAAUAUGUCAAUUGAGGAAGCUAUAGAUUUGGGACAAGGGAAGGUGGAAUGUAAUUCUGACCAAGUGGAUGUUUAUAAGACUAAAGUUGAUGAGCUAAUCACAAAGGUUGACAAAAUUGAACAAAGAGUGAAUGAAGUUGAGCAGUUUUACUCAAAUGCAAAGCAAAAUGCAAAACCAAAAACUUCUAGAAGUGCUUCAAUUCAUAAAGAUAAAGAGAAGGAGAAAAAUAUCCCCAGCAUGAAGAAGCUUCAACUGGAUGCUUCUCGUAGACAGGCUGCUGCAGCGAAGAGAAUGCAAGACCUUAUGCGGCAGUUUGGCAGUAUAUUUCGUCAGAUGACACAGCACAAAUUUGCAUGGCCCUUUAUGCAACCAGUGGAUGUUGAGGGACUUGGGCUACAUGAUUACUAUCAGAUUAUUGACAGGCCAAUGGAUUUCAGUACUAUAAAAAAUCAAAUGGAAGCAAAGGAUGGCACUGGGUAUAAGCAUGUCCGUGAGAUAUAUUCGGACAUCUGCCUGGUAUUUAAGAAUGCAAUGAAGUACAAUGGUGAAAGUAGUGAGGUUUAUGCCAUGGCAGCAAAAUUAUUGGAAAAAUUUGAGGAGAAGUGGCUUCAGUUUUUGCCAAAAGUUACAGAUGAGGAAAAAAAACUUGAAGGGGAGCAAGCUGAAGCACAAAAAAGUCUUCAGCUUUUUCAGGAGGCAGCUAAUGUAAAAAUGGCCUGGGACAUACAUGAUGAGCUUCAAGAUAUUUCUAGGCAGAUUGAAGAAUUCAGAGAAAAUGUGCAAAAAAACUGCAGGCACAUCUCUACUUUGGAGAAGAGAAAUCUUGGGGCCGCGCUCUGUAAUUUACGCCCGGAAGAUCUGAGCAAGGCAUUGGAUAUGGUAGCUCAAAACGAUUCCAACUUCCAAGCCACUGCAGAAGAGGUGGAACUCGACCUAAAUGCUCAGAGCGACGCGACUUUGUGGAGGCUAAAAUUUUUCGUGAAUGAUGCUUUAAAGGGUCGGUCCAAUAGUCGUCCCGACGAAGGUGCUGCUGAGAAGAACGACAACAAUAAAAACAUUGCCACGAAACGCAAACGGGAGAUGUGCGAUGUUCGGGCCAAGACCACAAAGCGAAAGAAGAAACCAUAAUUGUUGUUCAUAUUUUCGAUCAACACAAAAGCAAAGGUGUUAUGUAGCUGAGGGUAUCAUUCGAAAAGUUUCUAACUAAAAGGCUCAUUUACCCCGAUCCAACUAACCAUAGAAACUGUAGUUUAGUAUGUUCUCUUGAUCUGCAUAAUUUUUUAGUUUUUUAAGGCUGCGUCUACUGCAUUGUGUUAGGAUGGAUAAUAUUACUUUAUCCAUCUUCAUCUAAUGUUUACUUUGAAAUAUUUGAAUCUCA